AUGGCCUCGCUCGCACGGAGCUUCACCCCUGCUUCGGCUCCUACCAGUGUUCCUCUCUUCCUGGCUCCAGCUUUCUCACGACCUCAGCCCAUUGCCGCCUUAGCGUCACAGUCGAGAUCUUAUGCUGCUCGUCUAGACCGAAGGCCCAAAAAGGACAAAAAUAAGCAAAGAGGCGUGUCUGCCAUCCGUCGUACCGGCCCAAGGUCCACCAGGGGCUUAUGGCAGCAUCCUCUCCCCGUACCUGUUGCUAGAGAUCACAGGACGACUGCUGCAGAAUAUGCGGGUUCCGAGGAUCACGGGCUCUGGGGGUUCUUCGACCAGAAGAGGCAAUCAAUGUUGCCACCAGAUGAAGAGUCGAGCCAUGGUCGAGCGUGGACUUACCAGGAGCUAUCCGUCAAGUCUUUUGAAGAUCUACACAAGCUUUAUUGGGUGUGCGUGAAGGAACAAAAUCGGGCUCUAACGAGAGAAAAAGAAAGGAAACGUGUGAGAGCAGGCUACGGCGCUCUGGAAAGUGAGGAGAGAGUGGAUGCUAUUCGAGAAACCAUGACACUCAUUCGCGAAGUACUUGCCGAUCGACAACUCUCGUAUGAUCAAGCCCAUUUGCUCCUCAAACAACUGGAGGUGACCGAAAUAUUGGAAGGGCCGGGUUCUCAGGACAAUUUCGAACAGCUUCCCUCUACCGAAGCUGAACAGGACUCUCAGUCUCCGCCCGCAGCCGCUCCAUAG